AGUGGCGUUUUCGGUUUGGAUUUUACCACCAACAGCCGAGCGAGUUUCAGGUCUGCAUGGGCCAUAUUUAAGCUUUCUUCAUAGGAACUGAGUCUAAGAUGAAGUUAUGGGAUGUUUUGGCCACGUGUUUGUUGCUCCUGAGCUCUGUUGCUACACGGCCUCUCUACCAAAACACUCAGCCAGCCAAGAGGACUUACUUCCCCAGCAGCUACAGUGAUUCUGUGUCCCUGUCUGUGGAGGACGAAGAGCCAUCGUUCCAGCGCGAAGACCACAACCUGCAGGAGAUCUCCAUGGAGGAUCAGUAUGACAUUGCCGGUCCUUAUCCAGAGCAGUACGAUGACGUGAUGGAUUUUAUCGAGGCUACCAUUGGCAGACUCCGGAGAUCAUCGGAACCCAGCGGGGGCUCCAGGGGACGGAAGGAGCAGAGACAGAGAGGAGCAGCAAACACGGGAGGCAACAGGGGCGGCGGGAGAGGACAUGGCGACCGGAGGCGAGGCCGAGGCCGAGGGGGAAGCCGAGGCGGUAAAGGAGGCCGAGGUGAGAAAGGGAGGGAGAGGAUAUCGGUGCAGAGUCGAGGCUGCUUGCUAAAGGAGGUCCAUCUCAACGUGACGGAUUUGGGGUUGGGCUACCAGACUAAAGAGGAGCUGAUCUUCCGGUACUGCAGCGGCCCCUGCAUCGAGGCGGAGACCAACUACGACAAGAUCCUGAACAACCUCACACACAACAAAAAGCUGGACAAGGACACGCCCUCUCGCACCUGCUGUCGACCGAUCGCGUUCGACGACGACUUGUCCUUUUUGGACGACAACGUGGUGUACCACACGCUGAAGAAGCAUUCUGCCAGGAAGUGUGGCUGCGUCUGAGGAAAUGUGACAAAACGCCAGCGUCAGCGAACUGAGGAUCACCUUUACAAGCUGGUGCCGCGAAGGGAGGGAUUACUGUUGGACAAGUGUAUACGAGGUCAAACAGGGAUUGCAUCGUCCCUUAGUGUCAGUAGUCAUCAGAGGAGAUGCAGGUGAGUAUGCUGAGACCACCUGAAAGACACUGGAACAGCCGCUCCAAAGCAACCUGUACAUUUUAACGUUGACAGUCCGUGCUCAGUCCUCCAGAUCCCGUUACCAGUAUCUGACUGUUCAGACACAUGCAAAAAAUGUAUCAGGUGUGCACCGAUUCGCAGAAGAUUAAAUACUGUUACACGUUCAGAUUUGCUAACUGUGCUGUCUAAAAAGGCGAGAGUGAAACUAGAAGAAUUAAUCUCCCAGGAACAUCAGUUUGUCCAUAACUGGCUCUUAAGACUCCAGAUGAAUCCACAGAUUUGAGGAGAUCGUUUGGUUGCAGUCGCGUCCACAGCGUAGCCCUGGAUGUUUGCGUUCAGAGCCAAGGAACCACUCCGGAGUGCAGCAAAGACUUUUUGGUGCAACGCAUCUACAUAAAAUCCAAUCAUAUAUAUAUAUAUAUAUAUACAUACAUAGUAUAUAUAGAUACGUGUGUGUAAGAGGUAUAUUUAUUAAGAUGGAAUUAACUUAUUGUUAUUUAUUUCAAUCCAUUUUACGCAAGAAAUUGUCUUUUUUUUCUUAUUUAUUUAAAAGCUUUGUUUGUCCUGGAUGGUGCCAAAGUGGAGCAUUUUCUCAUGCAAAAUCUCACAAGGUCACCCAGAACUGCUCAAACACUUUAAUAAUGCUUAUUCAUGCCACUUAGAUUCCAGAGUUUCUCCUUUCAUGUGUCCAAAUGAUCAUCAUUAGCUAUCAAGUUCAGGAAGGACAGACGGCGAAGGAAGUGGAGGGGACCAAUAGAAGACAUUUGAUAGAAGUGAUGUGUUGUUUUGAAGCAUUGUGAGGAACGGCAGUAGUUCACCUCAUUCUCACUCACGUGACCACGCUAAGACAAAGAGGGGGGAAAGCUUCAGCUCUCUCCUCACAGCACCCACCUAUAGACUCCCAUCCCUUCAUUAAUGCUCUAUGUUUACAAGGAAAUAAUUCUUUGCUGCUGUUUAUUUUCAAAGGCAAUUUUCACAUGAAUAAUCCAGGACAGAUUUAAACAGAAGCCAUAACGUCUUUUUAAAUUUUAAAAAUCAGCAUGAGAGUGGUGGUCUCACAAAGAUCUGUACGUGCCUUUGAGGAUCCAUCCUUUAGGUCAAAGUACAGAAGCUGCUAGAAUACCUGCCUAUCAGCGUACGUUAUCCGAAACCUCACUCUGGCCUUGCACCAAGUCUGAGCAAAGGCUUUGCAGCGGUUACUGUCCCAAUAGGCUUUAAAGUUCACGGGACUGCCUGUGUUUCUGUCUGAGCUCUGACAGACAGGUCUUAUUCCCUCAAAGGGGAUUUGAAAGUGAUCCUCUAACACGAGUCUUAACCAAAUAUCCCCGCCGGCAAAGGCCGUUUAAGGAAGAUCUAGCUACUGUAGUGGCUGUCAUCGUGCAACUGAUGUAAAUAUCUCAAGACUAGACGUUUCGACAAAAGAGUAUGUUUUGGAAUCGCCGAGCGAAAAAGGCAAACGUGUUGGCUCGCGUGUGACGACUUGUUUUAGCCGAAUUUAUUCCCGAACUGCAGCAGAAAUUUACACGCAGCAAAA